GGGAGGGGAGGGAAGUGUGUCAACUUCAUCUCAUUCUCUGUUGCUCUUUCCUUUUCACCUUCCGUUCAGCAGAGCUUGGACAGAGCCUGCAAGAGGCAGUAUACCAGUUGCAUCCAGGGUACUGGGGUCUGAAGCCAGAUGAUCUCAGCCAUGCUGGAUAUGUACACAAUUGUUUUGGGGCUCCUGAUCCUUCUGCCCCUCCUGGGGAAUAUUUUCUUCCCCUAUCUGUGGCUGGACCUGGUCUCCCUCUUCUCUGUCAUGCAUGUGGGAUACAGAUGCCAGAAGUGUCUCCAACGCAAUCCUCCCUUCACCUUACUGGACUUCUUCUUGGCCAAAGCCCAGAAGCACCCAGAGAAGCCCCUGGUUCUCUUUGGCGAGGAAAUCUAUUCCUACAGAGAUAUUGACAGACACAGCAGUCAGCUGGCCAGAGUGCUCCGGGAACAUGUGGGACUGAAAGAAGGGGAAACGGUAGCUGUUUUCUUGAAAAACAUCCCUGCCUAUCUCUGGGUCUGGAUGGGCCUGGAGAAGAUUGGCUGUGCCAUGGCGUGUGUCAACUAUAACAUCCGAGCCAAGUCUCUCUUACAUGUGCUCAGUUCCUGUGGGGCCAGAGUCCUACUGACAACUCCAGAUUUCAAAGCUGCUAUUGAGGAUGUCCUUCCUACUCUAAACAAUGAAGGGGUACGAGUUUUCUACCUGAGUGAUGACUCCCCAACUGAGGGCACAGAAGCUUUGCUGGGACAGAUGAAAUGCAGCUCAGAUGAACCUCUGCCUGCUUCCUUUAGAGCCAAUGUAAAUUCUAAAUCUACAUCUUUGUAUAUUUUCACCUCUGGGACCACAGGGCUCCCGAAAGCAGCUAUCAUCACCCAAAGAAAACUGCUUUUUGUGUCCAACUUGUUCCGCCUGUGUGGAGUCUCUCCCAAGGAUAUCAUCUACAUCCCACUCCCACUGUACCACUCAGCUGCCCUUCUUCUGGGGAUUGGAGGGUGCUUGGAGGUUGGAGCCACAUUUGCCUUGAGGUCUAAGUUCUCUGUUUCCCAUUUCUGGAAUGACUGCAAACGCUACCGUGUCUCUGUGAUCCAAUAUGUGGGAGAAGUGAUGCGCUACCUCUGUAAUGUACCAAAGACGGGCAACGACCGAGACCACUGUGUGCAAAUGGCAAUAGGCAACGGCAUGCGCAUGGAGGUCUGGAAGGAGUUCCUGCGUCGAUUUGGACCCAUCCAAAUCUAUGAGUUCUAUGGAGCUACAGAAGCGAAUGUUGGAUUUGUUAACUACACUGGGAAAGUUGGAGCCGUGGGAAGGACAAAUUUCCUCCACAAGAAACUGGUAAACUUCAAACUUGUUCAAUACAACGUUGACCAGGAUGAACCAGUGAGGGACGAGAAAGGGCAUUGCAUCCCGGUGGCCGUGGGUGAGACAGGUUUACUAGUGGCCAAGAUCACAAAGAAUACCCCAUUCAAUGGCUAUGCAGGAGACUGCCAGAAAACACAGAAGAAGAUUCUCCGGGAUGUCCUGAUGAAAGGAGACUGCUACUUCAACAGCGGUGACCUCCUGAUGCAAGACCACCAAGGGUUUUUGUAUUUCCAGGAUCGGAUAGGAGAUACUUUCCGCUGGAAAGGGGAGAAUGUAGCAACUACGGAGGUUGAGACAAUCCUGGCAAUGCUGGAGCUGAUUCAGGAAGUCACUGUCUAUGGGGUACCGGUCCCAGGGCAUGAAGGAAAGGUCGGGAUGGCAGCUAUAUGCUUGAAGGAGGGGCAGCCCUUUGACGGAAAGAAGCUGUAUGCCCAUGCCAAGGAUUUUUUGCCAACCUAUGCCAUUCCUCGCUUCCUUCGCCUCCGGGAGGCCCUGGAGAUCACAAGUACUUUCAAACGGCUCAAAGGUCAGCUGGUGAAGGAAGGAUUUGACCCAGCCGCAGUCAGUGACCUCCUCUUCUUCCUAGAUGACUCAGAAAAAUCUUAUGUGCCAAUGACUCAGCAAAUGUUCAGCUCCAUUGCAGAGAAGAAAUUGAACCUAUGAAUGUCUCCUUAACCAUCCUAGUGCUACAAUGUGGAGCAUCUACAGUGUGGAACAGCUACAGUGUGGAGCAUCUUGGCUUCUAUGUGAGAAGGGCAUCCCUGUGCUUGUAUUCUUGAGAAUCCUGCACAAGUUAGUUUAGGAGAUUUAAUUUCUUUAAGUGUCUUUUGUUUCACUUUUUUCCUGUAUACAUUGGCUGUGUACAUGUGCUUUAAAUGUGUGGUGAGUAUGAUUUUGCCCUGCAAUGUAUAUAUUUCAAAAUACAUCUAUGAGGCAGUAACCCAGGGUCAUCUGCUGCCCACCCACUGGAAUGCUUUUGCUUGCUAUCAUACAUAUGGUUGUGCACACAUGGGCAGAUAUGGUCCAGGGCUUAAUGUUAAGCAGGAGGCAAUCUAUUUUCAGAAAACAAGGGUGGCCUGAUCUUUUCCCAGUUGGCAAUAUUGUUUAAUGCAGGGCAAUAUCUGUGUGUCGUUCAUAGGGCUCUUCCAGGUGACCUGUUUAUGGAGCAUUCAACCCAAUUUGUAUUCACAAAGUUUCUGUGACGGUUACAUAAGGUCCAUUGUUUCUUGAGCAUUCAUUCUGAUUUGUUUGUACAGAGGUUAUGCGACACUGUAUCAAGCAGCUGUUAUCCUGCAUUUACCUGUCACUUUCCUUACCAACACUCGAGUAGUUUUUGGGAAAAAUCCAGUGUGCAUCAGGCUUGCUGCACACGAUUGCCAAGUCUGCUUUAAUUGUGCAACCUAAAUAUGCUGGUAUUUUGAUGGAAUCUCACCUGCAAAAUAGCGACAGUCUGGAAUUGAUGGCCACUACUGAUGGCACCACAUUUAAAUGUUGCCAUUUAAACUCAGGUGACUCAGCCUCCAGCCUCAGAAAGCAUAUGCACCCAGAGUGGUACCUCUUGAACCUUUACUAGCCUCCACAUUGAGGAAAUAUCACAUUGUCUUCUAAUUAGUUUUAUAUGAUCAGAUAGUCCCACACCCAGAAUAAUGGAGGAAUUAGAAUCAGUCCUUCAUUUUAAGAGGGCUCCAGUUCAUGGUCUCAGAAUCUGGGUUAAAAGUGAUGUUUUUCCAGAAUGCGAGGAAAUGCCCCUGUCAUCUCAGAGCAUCCUUCCGGAUAAGUACACAAAGGAUUACAGCUACAACCAGGCAUCAGUAUGUGCUAGUAAUUAGUACAAGGAACAAGAGAAGGCCCUGAGGAGCAUGCAUUAUUCCCCAAAUGGUCAUGCAGCUUCAGCCCUGGGACAGAGGUAUGGCUACCUGGAGAAGCUGCUUCCAGGCCCCAUGAGGUGGAGUAGCAGGAGUGUAGCAUAGAAAUAUACGGGGGGUGAUGAGCACAAUCUUUCAGCAGGGCGUAACUAGAACUAGAUAUGGCCUAGCUAGUGGACAGAGCAGUGGAGUAAUGGUGGCCAUCAACUUGGAUGGCUUUAAAAGAGGAUUAGACAAAUUUAUGGAGGAUAUCAAUGGCUUCUAGCCACAAUGGCCACAUUCUAUCUCCUCUGAAUGCACUCAAGUCCUGCUUGUGGGCUUCCAAUAGGCAUCUGGUUGGCCACUGUGAGGAUGCUGGAUUAGAUGGACCUUUGGCCUGACCCAGCAAGGCUGUUCUUACAUUCUUAUGACCAUGGGUUGUGCAAGAUAACACAGAGCAGUGGUGUAGUGGAGCCUGAGCAGAGUGUAAUGCAGUGUAGCUCCGGGAUAGCCACCAGCCCAGUCCACUCCACCCCACCCCAAGCAAGAGUGAUAACAUCAUUUGCCAAAGCACCAGAGUGACUGACAGCCUCUCCUUGCUCUGGCAAGUGAAUAAUGAGGCUUUCGUGACAGAUAAGCAUAAUAGAUCAAUGCAGCUGCCUGUAUUUCCCAACUGUCCUUGGAAAUGUGGCUAUGGAUUGUCCUUAGAGCAGCCUUGGCCAACGUGGUGCCUUCUAGAUGUUUUGGAUUCCAGCUCCCAUCAGACCCAUGUAUUGCCUGGUGGGAUAACAAAGAUAAGGUGCGGGUGUUGCAAUAUAUUUAAAGGAGGAUUGGUAGAUUUUUUGGGGGGGUACAAGACAUGGCAUGAGGUGUAGCUGAGGCUGCUGCAUCUAGUUGGAGCCAGCAAGGAGCAGUUAGGAAACUGCCUUAUACCACUUCCGGGAAGGGUGACUUCGCUUGUGCCUGCUUUUGGGACGGGCUCCCGCCUCAAAAGAAGCUUAUUCAGAUAUAAAUCAGUCAGAACAUUUUUUUUUGACUGAUGAAAUUUCUCCCGGGCAGGGAGAAACGUAGAGAUCAACCUCAAAAGCCUGUUUUUGUUGGGAGGACUGGAUUUCAUUAAUUUAUGAGAUAAGGUCCAGCCAACAAUGCCGGACGGACUUCCGAACAAGCUCUAUCUGUUUAAGCGAUACGUUUAUCUUUUCUUUAAAGAGAGAACGGACUAACAGGCAAGCACCCUUCUUUCUAUUAUUUUUUUUUGCUUGGUUUAAAUUGUUGCAGCAAAAGGAGAUUUGUCAGAUUGAUCGGCUUUGGACAACUUCUGGGUGAGCUAUAACUCUUCUCUGUUAUUCACGAAAUUAACAGCUUAUCUCUGUUUCUGUCGCAAAAAGCUGUCCUGGAAGUGCAUUCUAAAGAUGUAAACAGAAGAGGGAUUUCUAUUCCUGAUUUCUAUUCCGAGGAAUAUUAUAUUGUCUGGGACUAUUCUCUUUUUGGUCUAUUUUAUUUUGACGAAUCUGCUUCUUCACGACGCCACUAACUGUUUUGAUGCUGGGAACUAAAUUUGUUUUGCAUUCUUGAACAUAGAGAGAUAAGGCAGGCUGCUCUGUUUAUACUGUGAUGUCAUCAAGCCUGGAAUAUUAACCCAAUUGUUGCUGAAAUAAGAAGUGGUUCUUCUUUAUUUUUGUUUUGCUUUGUUUUCGUGGUUUUAAAAAUGGCAAUCAAGAAAGUGGCUGAGAAUCUGGAAGUAACUAUGUUUCAGAAAAUAAUGGAUGAGAUUGAGAUAACGAAACAAACCCUGCGACAGGGUAGUAAGGAGCUGAAAAUUGAACUGAGCAAAAUGACGCAGGAGCUUAAAGAAAUAGGGGAUCCUGUGAGAGAGGAGAAUGAGAUCAGAGAUGAGAAAAGAAAAAAU